UUACAUCGUUAAAUUUCAAUCGAUCGUUAAAAUUAAUUAAUAUUAUAUUUCUAUUCAAUUAAUAUUAUAUUUCUAAUUUAUAGACCGAAAAAAGGUUUUACGAAAAAAUAUACGAAUGGAAGUGGGAUGAGAAGAUAAGCGAUGAAAUUAAAGAAAAGAUAUCGAAUAAAGUGACAAAUUUCUAUAAUGCCUUUAAACAAUGGACACCACAAUGUGAUGACAUAUUAGAAAACAAUAUUAUCACGUGAGUUAAGUAACGUCCUUUGACGUAAUAUUUGAUCGAAAGUAAAAGCAAAGGCAAAAGUUAAAAAAAAAAAAAAAAGUAAAUAAAAGAAAAAUAAAAAAAACGUUUUCUUUUUUUUUCAGAAAUAAUAGAAAUAUUCGAGGAAAGGAUUUUAGGAAGGUCGUCACACCUGCUGGAGUUUGUUGCAAAUUUAAUUUCUCUAAGGCCAUUUCGAUUGAGGACAUGCCAUUCAAAUUGGAAUUCAAACCCACCUUAUUUCCAUUAAAACUUUAUAUAACGGACAAGUUCGAUGUUGGACCUAAUCGUGAUAUUAUACCUCACAUAAAACUUAGAAUACCUACAAGUAUGCAGCUUUAUGUAUAUCAUACUUAUGUAACUUCGGAUUUUCAAAUGCUUUCGGAUUAUCAAAGACAAUGUCAUUAUAACAGUAUGGGCCGAUUGACUUACAGUAAUUGUCGAUUGAAUUGCCUUUUGAAGGAUAUAUCAAAAAAAUGCAAUUGUUUGCCAUGGUUUUUAAAAAAAGAACAAAUCAAAGAAUGUCCACUAUCUCAAUAUUCUUGUCUGACAAAGGCAUACGACAAAUAUAUUGAUUGUAAAUGCACUUUACCUUGUAAUUUUACGGUAUAUAGAUUAAUGAAAACAGUAGAGGGCUUUGAUAAUGAUACGGAAAAUUUAUUAUCCACCGAAAUUAUUUUAAACUGGCCGGACCUUAUAUUCCGUAGAGAAGUUCGUUUUGGUUAUAUGGAUUUAGUGGUAGGCUUCGGUGGUAUUGCCGGAUUGUUUCUAGGAUAUUCCUUAUUGACAUCUUUCGAAUUAUUUUAUUAUAUGAGCUUUCGUGCAUAUUGCGGAGCCGUAUUGGAUUCGUCAAGAAAAAGUCAUAAUAUUAUUAUGAUACGUUCGAAAAAAGUUAGAUUUAUUAAUAUUAAUAAUGAACAAUUUAAGCCUGAAAUUAAAUUUAUAUCUUAUAAUAAUUUUGAAAAUGAUAAAAUAUUUUAUAAAAAGUAAUUGAUCAAUUAUACAAGAGAAUAGGAUAAGUAUUGUGUG